AUGCCGUAUCAUCUCACUGAAAACGAUCAGCAUAUAGUUAGCCUAACUAUCGCCUAACCCCCAUUAAAAAACUCAAUAAUUCCAGCUGGUUUUCAAUGAUGAGACGAAAAAUCAAUUUCUGGAGAUGAAAAUCACCAAUAAAUUCAACAAUCGCAUGAAAUUCGGAUGGGAAACGGGUUUCGCGCCAAUUUUGGAGAUUAUUCCGGCUACCGGAUGUAUGGAGCCGUUUGAAACUGUGAGUUGCUGUCUGUUUUCAAAAGAAUAAAUAAAAAUUCGAAAUUUAGCGCUCUUUCGUCAUCAAUUUCCACGGAGCGCAAUUGCUGUCGACAGAUAUUUUGGAUGUGCAAAAUUUGGCGUUGAAAAUGUGGUGGAUGCCGGCGGAGACGAGAAAACGAUCGAUGCAAGAGUCGAAAAUCGAGGUUCCCGUGAUUUUUGCGAUUCAUGUUCAGCCGAAAUUGAAAUAA